AUGACCCCGGCCCCGGCCCCGCCGCGCCCCAUCUGCCGCAAGAAGCGGCGGCGGCGGCGGCGGCGGCCGAAGCAGCGGCAUCCGCCGCAGGCACGGGUGGGCGUCUCGCGGGCGCCACCGGGUGUGCUGAUGCCCGGCGGAAAGACUCGUAGUGGUGCGGCGCGGACCGGCGGUGUGCCGGACGUGCUCACGCCGCAAACUCGGAGCGAUGUGCCGACGACCGCCAUCUCGGGUGGUGCUGCGCCCACUGAGGACGCGCAUCGCCGGCGGAUCGAGUCGACGCCGCAGGGUGACGCUCGGUCGUCGGCGCAUGCCUCGCGGUGGCGGACAUCUGGCCGCGAGCGCGUCGAGCUGACCGGGCGCGCCACUCUUGUGCUUGCCGUCCCCUUCAUCUGCUACCUUGGAUGGCUAGUCCCCAUCUUUGUCAUCGGCUUCUCGUCGGUGGAGAACACGUGCGACCGGCCGCUCGUCGGCUUUGUCUUUGGCUUUAUCCUCAUUAUGGGUGCGUUCAUGGUCUUCUACGUCGGCGUCAUCGCCUACGCUUGGCGGCACGUCAACCCCAACUCGCGCACCACCCGUGUUCUCGACCGGGCGUGGGAGUUUCUGGAGAAGACCAUCAUUGUUGUCACCAUUGCCUACUGCUCGCUCGGUGCCUACUGGAUCGACACCACUCGCAACUGCAAGCGUCUCUUGCCCAACGUCUACUGGCUCGCACUCUCCAUCGUCGUCACAUUUCUCUUUAUUCCGCUCUCCUACAUCGCUGCUCGCAUCUGCUACCGAGUCACCUCGCGGAUCUAACAUGCGCACAGCACUGUCCGGCUCAUCAUCGCUUUGCCCUGCCCCCGCCACAUGUAUAUAUACGCCAGCAACUGGGGCUAUAUGUAUCCGUUGCUCACCGAGCUUAAAACACCCUCCCGCAUGUAAAAGUCUA